UAUGAGCGCUCGAAUGCUUUAUGGAUUUUUAGAUAACUUAAAUAAAGUCUGCGCUAUUUUAGUUUUCUCUUAACAUAUAUAGAGGGUUGGUGCAUGAGAUAAUGUUUUAAAUUUGGAGAUGCUUGCUAUGUAGUCAUAAGGAAUAAGAAAUUUUUGUACAGAACUACUGUUGUUGAGGAACUAACCAUGGAUCCAUCAAAGGGCUCUUUUUCAGUUCUUGAUUAUAUGAUAUUUGCUUUUAUGCUAAUAUUUUCUGCUGGUAUUGGUCUUUACUACAGAUUCACUGGUGGAAGGCAAAAGACGAACAAAGAAUAUUUCCUUGCCGAUAAAAAUAUGCCUAUCACCCCAGUUGCAUUUUCUUUAAUGGCCAGCUUCAUGUCAGCUAUAACUUUACUUGGUGUAGCAUCUGAAAACUACAUGUAUGGUACUCAAUUUCUAAUCAUCAAUGUAUCUUAUAUUAUUGGUACUCCUAUAGCUGCUUUUAUUUUUCUUCCUGUAUUUUUCCAAAUGCAAGCAACUAGUGCUUUUGAGUAUUUAGAAAAGCGUUUCAACCGAGAAACUCGUCUCUUAGCAAGUUGUGUAUUCAUCUUGCAAAUGGCUUUGUACAUGUCCAUUGUACUAUAUGCUCCAGCUUUGACUCUGAGUGCUGUUACAGGUCUUCCUAAAUGGAUUUCUGUAAUAUCUAUUGGAAUCGUUUGUACAUUUUAUUGUACUGUUGGUGGAAUCAAAGCAGUUCUUUGGACUGAUCUUUUUCAAUCAUUGUUAAUGUUUUCUGCCAUUUUUGCUGUAAUUGCAAAGGGAACAAUUGAUGUUGGAGGAUUUUUCCAAGUUUGGGAGAUUGCUGAGAGAGGAGAAAGAAUACAGUUCUUUAAUUUUGAUCCUGAUCCAACUAUAAGACAUACAGUAUGGACUCUUGCCAUUGGAGGUGUAUUUCUUUAUACUUCGAUAUAUGGAGUAAAUCAAGCCCAAGUACAGCGUCUAUUGACUGUUAAAAGUCUGAGAAAAUCUCAAAUUGCCUUGUUUUUGAAUUUGCCUAUAACAAUCCUUUUGAGCAUUGGAACUUCUUUAGCUGGUAUUGUAGUGUAUGCAAAUUUAGCAAAUUGUGAUCCUCUUUUAAGAUCAGAUGUGACCAAUGUGCAAAGUCCUGAUCAGAUUCUGCCUUAUUUUGUGAUGGCAUCACUUAGCAUGAUUCCAGGCUUACCAGGUUUAUUUGUAGCAGGCAUCUUUAGUGGAACAUUAAGCACAAUGUCAUCCGCAAUUAAUUCAUUAGCAGCUGUUACAGUUGAAGAUUUCUUCAGACCACUUUGUUUUCGUGAUAUUUCAGAGAGUCGAAUUGCAUGUUUUACAAAAGUAACUGCAUUUUCUUAUGGUCUGCUUUGUAUUGGAUUAACUGUUAUUGUUGAGAAGUUAGGAGGUGUUUUGCAAGCAUCAUUGACUAUAUUUAAUGUCGUUGGUGGACCUAUGCUCGGUUUAUUUUCUUUAGGAAUGCUCUGUAACAGAGCCAAUGCAAAAGGCUCUAUGACUGGGUUUUUAUUUGCUUUAUGUCUAUGUUUUUGGAUUGGAUUUGGAAGCAUGCUGAAAAGCAAAAAGAUUCUAAGCUAUCAUCGAAGCACUGAUAGUUGUCUGUCUAAUGAUACCAUACUUGAAUCUGAAAAUUUUCAGUAUAAUAUUUCAAUUGAAUCACUAUCAAAGAACUGGACUAUUGCUUCUGUUCAAAAUGUCACAUUUGUAAAUAAAGACUCUGAGUACGUGCUUCCUUUGUACAAAGUAUCUUAUAUGUGGUAUGCUGGUAUUGGAUGGUCAGCUUGUAUUAUUGUUGGUCUAGGAGUGAGCUUGCUAUUUAGAAAAGAACAAGUUAAUCCAGUACUUUUAAGUCCAUUGGCUAAAUUUUGGAAUGUUAAUCAAGGACCACUUCCAGAGGAAGUGCCGAUGAAAGAAUGCAGAUAAAAUAAAAUGAAAAAAAAAAAAAAAAAGUAUCUGGAAAAUUCAAGGCAAAAAUGCU